AUGCUAGCAGUAGCUUCAAAACAAGUUUCUGAUAACUUUAGUAUCCAGGGGUUAAAAUGGAACUUUAUUCCCCCUGGAUCUCCACACAUGGGAGGCUUAUGGGAAGCCGGUGUCAAGAGCUUUAAAACUCAUUUCAGAAAAGUUCUCGAAAACAGCAAGCUAACGUUUGAAGAAUUUUCAACCACCUUAGCCCGUAUAGAAGCGUGUUUAAAUUCUCGACCAAUAUCACUUAUGUCAGAAAAUCCUAAUGACUUACUAGCGUUAACCCCUGGUCAUUUCCUGCGUGGCGGUCCUUUACUUUCUGCUCCCGAACCCGAAGUUAUUGGUCCAUUAUCAAAAGAUGGGAAAAAGUAA